CCUCUUCCCUCUACUCGCUCCCGCAGGGCCUGGGCGGCCAUGGCGCUUGGGCUCGCGGCUCUGCGCGUCCUGCUGGGCGGCUUCUUCGCACUAACGGGGGCAGCCAAGCUUUCGGAGCAGAUCUCGGCUCCCGUGUCCCAGCAGAUGAAAGCCCUGUUUGUGCAGUUCGCUGAGGUAUUCCCGUUGAAGGUGUUCGGCUACCAGCCGGAUCCCAUGAGCUACCAAGAAGCUGUGGGCUGGCUUGAACUGCUGGCUGGGCUGCUGCUGGUCCUGGGCCCACCGAUGCUGCAAGAGAUCAGUAACUUGCUUUUGACCGUGCUCAUGAUGGGGGCUAUCUUCACUUUGGCAUCUCUGAAAGAGUCACCGAACACCUACAUCCCAGCUAUCAUCUGUCUGGGGCUCCUGCUGCUGCUGGAUAUUUGCCAGCUCUGAGUCCAAGCUAAGAAGGUGAUCAGACCCACCAGGAAGAAGACUCUUCCAAGUGCAUCCAAGGGACAUGGUGAAAAACACAGUCUACUUCCUUGUUACCAGUACAUCGGGGUUGGCCGGUGUUGAAGUAGACAUCUUAUCUACCUGACCCUGCUUUCUGUCUUGGACAUUUACUGCUCUUUUUAAAAGGAUACGUGUUAAACAUACUUUCAAUAAAAAUUGAAAAUAAAGAGAAAAGCAAUUUAAAUCACCCCAGAUUUUAAUGAUGCACUAAAAUAACUACUAUUAAUUCCUUUUAGUAACUGUACCCCUUUAUACAGACAUUUCUUUAUACAGAUAUUUUUUAAUGAAAAUGAGACAAAAUAAAUUAUUACCUGCUUUUCAAAACUCAUACUGUAACAUGAUUCCAAGUCUGUUUUACCUCCUUGCUGUUAAUGGGUGUAUAGUAUUCCACUGUACGGAUGUACUGUAAUGUAUUUACUCAAGGCUCCACUGAGGAACAUUUAGAUUGUCCCCGUGUUUUGGUGUUGCACACUUAACAGUAAACCUUUGCAUACUUACUGUCUUUCCUUAGAAGUGAAGAGAGAGGAUGGGGAGGGGCAGAGGGAGAGAUAGAACCUUAAGCAGGCUCCAUCCCCUGCAAGGAGCCCAGCAGGGGGCUUGAUCUUGUGACCCUGAGAUCACUA